GACAUUUCAAGCGAGUCCAACUAAAUUUCACUUCACUGCAUAAACUGGUUUUCGUGUGUUUAUCAAUUCGUCUCCUUGUUGAUGGCGUGGAAGAAUAUCUUAUACAACUAACUGCUUGGUAUUACAUGGAGUACCUUGGGGAAUCGCAUGUGUUCCUUGGCAUAACUCUGGCUGCCUUCGAGAUAGGAUCCUUUCUUUUUUCCCUGUGUGUCGGAAUCUUGACGAUUAGAUUUCAAGUUUCGAAGACAAUCGUUGUCAUGUGUGGUCUAACAAAGUUCUUGGGUAAUUUACUGUAUUCCAUCCCUGUCAACGGAUACUUCCCUUUGUUCGGAAGAUUCAUAAGUGGAACAGGUAAAGCUGCAGUAGGUGUUCUCUACGGAGCCGUUGCAGAAUGUACAACGAAAAAGAACAGGAUGAAUGCUUUUCUAUAUUUUGAAGGUCUUUAUCUUCUUGGUGCAAUAUUUGCGCCUACGAUCGGCAGCCUUCUCAUAUUCAACGUCAAUAUCCUUGGUUGGGAAAUCAACCCUGGAAAUUUACCAGGAGUUGUACUGGCUAUUGUCUGGUUCUUUAUACUUAUCCUAACGAUGUUUUUGCCAAGUAAUUUGGGCGAAAACUCGAAAGAAAAGCAGAUCGAUUCAGACACUGAUAGCGACCAAAGUAAUGGAGAUGAGACCUCUGAAACAGAAGACAAUACUAAUUACAUUCUCUCGAGUGUCUGUUGCAUAUAUUAUCUCGUUCUUCUGCAUAUGAUUGUUUUCAAUGUGGUUUCAUUCUACACUCCAUUGCUAGCUGUACACCAUCUUGGACUGCAACUCACUCACGUGAAAUUAAUUUACCUAAACAGUUCAUUGGUUGUCCUCAUUUUAUGCAUCGCUUUGUAUCUCUUCCUGGGCAACAUCGCUGAAAAGAAGUGUCUUUUUGUCGCAAUUGUUUCAGUAAUCGUCCCGAUAUCAAUCACGUUUUAUUUUGCUAUUAUGUGGAACAAUGCAAUCACGGUUAAUGGCGCCUACCUUCUCCUUAUUUCCAUGGUUGUUGUAAGUGUUCAGUUUAUUAACUUCACCCUAGCCUGUUCGUUGUUAUCAAAAAUAACACCAACGAGGAGUGCCGCGUUUUACCAAAGUCUAGGAUUUGCCACAAUAAAUCUCGCCAUAAUUAUUGCACGUCCAUUAGCUGGUGCAACAUUUGACAAAAUACCAAUGAUGUACAAUUGUCUUGGCCUGGCGAUUGCAUGGGCAUUUGGAGUUAUAUGGAUCGCUGUUGAAUACAAAAACUUUCCACCAAAACCAUAAUUUGAUAAAUGAAUCUUCUUUUCGCGAUUAAAUUUUUCCAACUUAAAACUCGAUGAGAUGUUUGACUGACAUGACCUUACAUGACAUUGCAAUGAUAUGUUGUUGGCCUAAAAACAUUGGGACACUAUUAAUGUAAAUAACUUAACAAUUUUAAUCCAUUUGGGUAGCAAUUAAAGAUGCUGUAAAGUCCGUAAUGUAAACAAACGUUUUGUUUACAUUUUGAACUGCUAUAUUUGUAAAAUAGUAAAGUAAUUUUCUGGUUCGCUAUGCUUGUAAAUGAAUAUAAACUCUACGUUUCAAUUAAAAAAAUCAGAAAGAUGCAAAAUUUUGGCAAUGUUUAUAUCUGCGGGUCUCCCUUUGUUGUGAGCAGAACUGAUGCGCAGAAAGGAGUUUACAGCUUCUUUAACUAGGUUGAAGAAUUGGAAGGAAUGGAAAGGGACUAGGGAGGCAAAACGAACAUAAUAAAUUUCGAACACGAACACAAAUGGUGCGAGAACGCACUUCAGGUGCGUCAGAGGACAUGCUUCAACGGCGAAAUUUUGAAUUCCUUGGUUAUCCAGAAUAGCAUCUCUCGCAUUUUCACGCGAGUUUUGAAUGAAGUUAUUACCUCCAAAAAUCAACUUCUCGUUAUUCAAGGUAGCGCAGCACCUGCCCACUUUUUUGCCGGGUUUUGAACUUUUCCCAAUAAUCCCCCUUGUCCACCCCCUUCAUAAGUGCCGCAUGUGUCUUCACCGCAAGUUAAACAGGACCGUAACGUUAUUUGGUGAUCUAAUGUCAACCUUUUUGAAGACACAUGACACAUCGUUGGGUUCUGAACGAGAUUCGAAACACAUCUGCAACCAUUUCGCCAAAUCUGCACAUAAUUAAUUACAGUCAAAGAUCUAAAUGCGUUUAGCUCGUUCGAAAGGGCCGCGUUAAGGUGUCUCUUUCAGUUCCAAACUUACUUUUGAAGGGCAGAUCUAAAAUCUAAAACAGGCCGUAAUUCUUAAUUAAUUUUCUUUUGGAACUUCUAGUGAAAAUGUCUAAUUGACUAAGUCAAACCGACGUUACUUACAGAUAUAGGUAGCUGUAAAUGUACAAUGAUAGUUUGAAGUCUAGACUGGAAUUGAGUAAACUGGGCCAAAGUAUCACCCUUGCCAGCUAUGGAAAUGGGUCAUUUUCUCAGGAUGAACACUGAUCGUUUGUGCUCAAGCUCACAAAGUACUGUAUUUUUGCAUACAUUUCCAUAGUAUUUUCAUAUUCCCAUACUUGCCGUAUUUUCAUGCUAUUGCCAUGAUAUAUAGUAUAUCUACAAACUGCCAUUACCCAAUUGCAAAAACGCCCACUAAUUAGUCUAAGUUUGCUUUUUGUUACUGGAACACGGCCUGUUAUAUAUUUUUCUGGCUCAUAUUAUUCAUAUAAGUGUCAAAGUAUGAAUAAUUCACCGAUUAUUGGAGUGAACUUAAUUUGAAACCAAAACUGGAUAAAUGGAACGCCGUAAACGUUUAAUAAAAACUUUAAAAAAUGAACUUUGGAACUUCAUUGUUGACGCGCAUGCGCAUUGCACCCAUUCUAUUGUUGACAGGUCAGUAAAUAUUUCAUUGUUGACCGGUUGCCUCCUCGCCAAAGCAUGCAGUGAACAUGACGUUUAGUGGACCAGCACGUGAUACGGUUUUGACCAAUCGGCAAACAGAAAAAUUGAACUUUGACACUAACUAUAUAACAAGAUUUGUAAAUUCAUUUGACACAAUAGGGCUAACAUAUGCUGUAGUAGUGACGUCAUCAUAAUGUCAUGUGAUGUAGUGGGAUAAUAGUUUGGUGUUCAUACGAGAACAGAUAGUAUCGAAGACACUGAACGAGAUUGCUUAUCACUAGAGUUUACAUUUACACUGGGAUUUGUUUAUUUAAGAAAUAGGAAACGAGUCGCGUGUGUUUGUGGUGUGAUAAUGCACGUGGGGAAUGUUGGGAGAAUACGAGGGAAGCGUGUAACAUACGAGGCGUAGCCGAGUAUUUUACACGCUUCUUGAGUACUCUCCCAACAUUCCCCGAAUGCAUUAUCGCACUAUAAACGCACGAGACGAGUUUUUCUAUUUCUUUUAUAAUAUAAGUAGAAGAUAUUACAUAGUAAAAAAUUUUACUCAAAAGAUCGACGUUGAAAUUCUCCUAACAAGUACUCAGUGACGUCACGCGCAUGCUUUUACUGUCGCUUGAAUUUUUAAAGAUGCGGUACAGUCCGUAUGAACACCGCGGAAAAACGUCUGCGCAUGCACCGAAUUAUGAAAAUAUGGCGGGGAAUUUGAAUAUCAAUUUCUAAAACAAAAACAUGCUUAUUAACUGGUCAAAAAUUAGUAAAACAAACGAGAAAAUAUAGCAAAUGGGUAGACUAGACAUUAAUUGAAAGCAUCCUGGCAUUUAAAGUAUGGAAUGAAAUAUAAUUCAUGUAAAAAAUUGUUGAUUUUAACGGACACGACUUCGAAAUUUUUUGCAAAAUUAUUCAAAACAAAAAUUCAAACUCAAAAGUUAAGAAAACUCUCGAAAAGUUAAGCUUCUUAACCCACUCAAAUUGUAGAAUAAAUCCUAAAGUUUAAUUAUUGUGAACACGCAAAUUUUUUAUAUUUGGCGACACAGUUUUUUUUAAAGAAAUGUAUCUCAAACAAAAAUUCGGAAAUUGUCAUUGCUUAGUUGAAAAACAAAAUGUUUCAGACGAUAAAUUUGUCAACAAUCACCUUUAGUUCAUGUUCUUGUACAAUACAAUUUCUUGAACCUUCUGGCUGUAUUUAUUUCUAGUUUUUAGAAUGACAUGUUUAUUUUUGCGCUUGAAAUCUGGCUGUAAAGACGCACAAUGAAGUCACUCCUUUUUACCGCCAUUUUGAGCCUUCCGGAACGUUCGGAACAGCUUCUCAUCAAGUUCGCAAUACUAUUGCAGGUAAGGUUGACGCAUGCGCAGACGUUUUUCCGCGGUGUUGUCCGUAUGUAAACAAAGGCUUUGUUUACAUUUCGGUAUCCAAAAUAUUGAAUUUUAUUCGACAACUAUUAAUAUUUUCAUGAUUCUAGAGUAUAAUAAAUUAUCAAGAGACAACAAUCCAGCUUUGCAAGAACAUAAAAUGAAAUAAAAACCUAAAUAAACUUCUGUACCGCAUCUUUAAGCGAGAGAAGGAGCAAAAUUGCCAAAACAAUAUACAAACUUUUGAUGCUAUAAAGUUGGAAACAUUGUUUAAAAUAGUGAAAAUAAAAACCCCAGUGAUACACAGACUAAUUUGUUCAACUAAUUUGUUCAGACAAAGUUUUUCAGCAUCUGGCCUGCUGGAUUUGCCACGAAAGGCGGUUUAUCGUAGGUUUCGUCGUGCAUGUUUAUACUUAUACUUUUCGAAAUUAAUAUUGUAUUUUUUGUCUUUCGCGAAAAUAUAUGUAGCAGUUGUUAUCAGAAGAAUUGAAGGUACUUUCUAAAUCACUUAUAUUCAUAUGUUUUUGUUGCCUUUUUGUAUGUAUUUGGUCUUCCUGUAUCUUUUUCAAGUUUUUUUCUCGGCUAUUUUGCACGCUUUUACCCAAAACUUGUCGAGAUAACAACAAAUUCGACGACUGCCAAGCCGGUUAAUUUUACACGUAGAACUACAGAAAAUUGCUUUCUUCCUUUGGUUUAUUUCUUCUUGCUUUCUGGUAAAAUUUGUGGUUUUAUUUAUAUUUUUGUCUAAAAAGCAGUGAUGAAGAGGGGAAAAACAGAAAGAGCAAAGCAGUGCCACAGAUCACAGUGCAUAAUUGCGACACAAUGCACGCGCAUUAGCCAAUCAAAUCGUAUAUUACAAAGUUUGUUAUUAGUAUUAUUAAAAUGGUUUCAUUAAAGAGUCUGAGUGAGAAUAUUAUAUAUGCAUCUGUUUCUUUGUUACCAUCACAGUUGUUUUCUUGAUUACCAUACUCAAAUGUCUCUCUCGCUCUAUUCAAAAUUUUAUCGCCAUGGAUGGCAUAAUUUUUAUCCAUAAAGCUCUGACAUUGCGACAUCACAGAUGUUAACGUUAUGUGAGUGAUUGUUCCUGAUAAAGCCAAGCCUGUAUGGUAGGCGGUCCCUAAAAUCGGGCAAGCCUGCGAAAGACCGCCUGCUGGGUUUCGCAGUGUAAUCGAAUUCCCCAUCCACCAGUGGAAGGGAAUUGAUGAUUGGCUGCGAGUCUGAGCAGCUAUCACUCAAAAGUGAAUACACUUUAAUAUGUAAACGUACGUUUAACACUUUAAUGAUGCAUGCGUUCGCUUUAAUAGCUGUUGUAAAACUGAACGCUUCUCGAAAGUCGAAACGCGAACUGAUUGUCAAACGCGAGCAAGAGAUAGCAGUUAAAGAUUUACUCCUUGGCAAGAAUGUUUUGGCCGUUCUAUAGGAAAAGCCUGAUUUUUACAUUGUUCUUGUUGGCGCGAGAAAAUAUAACGAGAAUAGAUACAGACGGCCGUAUAGUCUUUCUUGCAAAGGGUUUAUAACAGGACUAUUACGCCUAGGCCUAUUAUCCGCUUCACUUUCUGAACUUUUUAAAAUUAAGGCUUUCGUACCACACGGCCUCGUUAGGGAGACGAGACAGUUCAUAUUGGCAACUGACGUUUUUAAUAUACAACUGUCUAUUUGUUCGAGGUUUCACACGCAAUGCGUUUAUCUCUCGCUUGAUUAUGGCAAUCAGUUCGCUUGAAUUUCGGAUAUUUCGCACACACGGUUUACAAACUCGGUCGGAGAGUUCCGAGGUAGAAUUAACUUCGAACGUUCCUGGCACUGAGGACAAGGUUCCUGGCGCUGAGGACAAGGUUCCUGGCGGUGAGGACAAGGUUCCUGGCGGUGAGGACAAGGUUCCUGGCGCUGAGGACAAGGUUCCUGGCGGUGAGGACAAGGUUCCUGGCGGCGAGUACAAAGUUCCUGGCUGUGAGAACAAGGUUUCUGGCGCUGAGGACAAGGUUCCUGGCGGUGAGGACAAGGUUCCUGGCGGCGAGGACAAGGUUUCUGGCGGUGAGGACAAGGGUCCUGGCGCUGAGGACAACGUUCCUGGCGGUGAGGACAAGGUUCCUGCCGGUUAGGUCAAGGUUCCUGGGGGUGAGGACAAGGUUUCUAGGGGUGAAGACAAGGUUCCUGGCGGUAACGACAUGGUUCUUGGCGGUGAGGACAAAGUUCCUGGCCGUGAGGCAAGCUUCCUGGUCGUGAGGACAAGGUUCCUGGCGUUAGGACAAGGUUCCUGGUGGUGAGGACAAGGUUCCUGGUGGUGAGGACAAGGAUCCUGGCGGUGAGGACAAGGUUUCCGGUGCUGAGGACAAGGUUCCUGGCGGUGAGGACAUGGUUCCAGACGGUGAGGACAACGUUUCUGGAAGUGAGAACAACGUUCCUGGCGGUGAGGACAAGGUUUCUGGGGCUGAGACAAGGUUCCUGGCGGUGAGGACAAGGUUCCUGGCCGUGAGGACAAGGUUCCUGGCGGUGAGGACAAGGUUACUGGCGGUGAGGACAAUGUUCCUGGCGGCGAGGAGAAGGUUCCUGGCGGUGAGGACAAGAUUCCUGGCGAUGAGGACAAGGAUCCUGGCGCUGAGGACAAGGUUCCUGGCGGUGAGGACAAGGUUCCUGGCGGCGAGUACAAAGUUCCUGGCUGUGAGGACAAGGUUUCUGGCGGUGAGGACAAGGUUCCUGGCGGUGAGGACAAGGUUCCUGGCGGCGAGGACAAGGUUCCUGGCGGUGAGGACAAGGGUCCUGGCGCUGAGGACAAGGUUCCUGGCGGUGAGGUCAAGGUUCCUGCCGGUUAG